AUGGAAUUAAAUAGAACGCGCAAAGGGCCGCUGCCUGUAGGUCGCCAGGGCACGUCUGGAGCUACCGCUGGACGCGACAGCAUGCGUGCCGCCAGUCGAGCGCGAGGAGCUGCACGAUCACCUAGCAGCCCUCCGCAUCCAUCAUCCCCACCAGGAGGUUUGGUGUCGGUUGGGUCUUCUCGGAAUCAGCAAGCGGCACCCGCCGCCGGUGGAGUACGUCGCAUGCGUUGGUCACAAGCAAUGAACGCAAACGCACUGCGGGCGUACUUUAGGGCAAAAGGGGAAGAAACUGGAUGUUUGGCGUAUCGGGCUAGGAUGCAUCGUCUUUUUGCUGAGCUGGAGCCAUCUUUAACCGUCACAGAGCAAAACUUGGCAGAACGAGUUCGGUAUAUCUUGCGCUCAAAUAUAUUUGAUAUCGCCGAACUCGAACGGCUACGACGUGAGGCUGUUCCUUCAUCGGAUGAAAAUGCUACGGCUGAGGAUGCGGCGCCACAAAUUGUACAGCAACCCGCAAACGUGGAUGCCGCCGUGAAUACCCCAGUUGUGGUUGAAUCAAACGAUGAUGGAAGAGUCGCCCAGGAACUGGAAUUAGAGCAUAUGAGGAGUACAUUAGAAGAGGCGAUUGUAGAAACGCGCAGUACUCGAAAAUCGACCGCGACUUCCCCGCAUAGCCCUAAGCAAGCGGAAUCCGGCUGUCGUGAGGGCUCUGAACCUAAUGCUGGUGAUGCUUUGGAAGCCAGCCGGAGCCUUUGUGAGACGGACUCAAUACUUUUUGGCGCCGCGCUGGCAAGCGGAUUCGGCGAUAUACCGAGAGGUAGACACGGUUCAACCGGAUUUGUCUCUUCCAGAGUGAUCAGAAGAGGCCCUAUGAAUCAUUGGAGCGACCAAUGGUAA